AUGGAAGAUGAUGGUGGUGGCGAUGGAGGCGAAGGAAAUGGUGGAUUUUCACCUAAUUCUAGCUUUGGGGGAUUCCCUGAGACAGCCAUGGAUUUGGAUUUUAUGGAUGAGCUCUUGUUUGAUGGAUGUUGGCUAGAGACAACAGAUAGUAAGAGCUUGAAGCAGGGAGAAGAAUCUGCUUCAGUUUCUACCGCCAUGAAUGACAAUAGCCCUUUCCUAUGCUUUGAUCAAGAUGAUUUCCCCAAUGAAGAAACAGAGAGAAUGUUUCAUUCUUCACCUAGUUAUCUCAAGAACGACAAAUCGAUGAAUCCAGAACCUUCCAACCAGGGUACAACAAGCUCUGAGCAAGCAGAAAAGUUUCUACUCGAAGAAGCUGAGGUGGGAAGAAGUUGGUGGAUUGCACCAAAAGCAGGUGAAGGGAUUUCUUCAUCCGUGAAGGAGAGACUAUUACAAGCUAUUAGCGGUCUUAACGAGGCAGUGCAAGAUAAGGACUUUCUGGUACAAAUAUGGGUGCCAUUUCAGCAGGAAGGAAAGAACUUUCUUACCACUUGGGCGCAGCCACAUUUGUUCAACCAACAAUACUCUAGCCUUGCGAAAUAUAGACAUGUUUCAGAGUCUUAUAAUUUCCCGGCUGAUGAGGGUUCAAAAGAUGUAGGUCUUCCCGGUCGUGUCUUCUUGCAGAAAUUGCCUGAGUGGACUCCUGAUGUGCGUUUCUUUAGAAGUGAUGAAUAUCCGCGUAUCAAAGAAGCACAAAAAUGUGAUGUCCGUGGGUCACUUGCGCUUCCUGUGUUCGAAAGAGGUAGUGGGACUUGUUUGGGUGUUGUUGAGAUCGUCACAACUACUCAGAAGAUGAAUUACGGGCCAGAGCUUGAGAAUAUCUGUAAAGCUCUAGAGGCCGUUGAUCUAAGGAGUUCAAGUAACUUGAACUCGCCAAGCAUUGAGUUUCUGCAGGUCGAUAGUGAUUUCUACUACGCUGCGUUACCUGAGAUAUCAGAUUUCUUGGCCUCAGUCUGCAGAUCAUAUGAAUUGCCUCUAGCUUUGUCAUGGACACCGUGUGCUAUGCGAGGGAAAAGUGGAUCCCGACAUUCUGAUGAGAACUUCUUUGAGUGUGUUUCUACAAUCGAUUCUGCUUGUUUUGUCCUGGACGAAGAGAGCAAAAAUUUUCUUGAUGCAUGCUCUGAACACCAUCUGCUCCGUGGUGAAGGCAUUGUUGGGAAAGCAUUCAAGUCAACCAAACUUUUUUUUGUGCCUGAAGUAACCGCAUUUAGCAAGACCAAUUACCCUCUUGCGCACCAUGCCAAGAUAUCUGGACUACAUGCUGCUUUAGCAGUCCCGUUAAAGAGCAAAUGCAACGGUUUAGUUGAGUUUGUCUUGGAGUUCUUUUUUCCAAAAGCCUGCCUUGACACCAAAACACAACAGGAAAUGCUUAAGUCACUGUCUGCGACUCUGCAGCAAGAUUUCAGGAGUUUAAAUCUUGUCAUUGACAAAGACCUAGAGUUAGAAGUCGUGUUGCUUGUUAGUGAGGACAUGGUUUUCUCAGAGAACCCACUAACUAGAGAAGAAACCGUAGAGUCUUUGAAAGAAAUUCAUCUGCAAGAAUCUUCAUGGAUCUCCCACAUGAUAACGGCAAAUGAGAAGGGUAAAGAUGUGUCACUUUCUUGGGAAUACCAGAAAGAAGAUCCAAAAGAUGAAUUCAGGCUCUCAUCUGGCUUGCAUAACAGUCAGCUUGAUCCAAGCCCCAAUAAGCUUCCUUUAGAAGCUGAGCAGUUUCAACAAGCAUCAAAUUCAGGACUCAGAGUCGACACUGGUCCAAGUACUGAAUCAGCUUCCAUGAGUGGGGGAAAUAUGUUAGGCAGUAGAAGACCCGGGGAUAAGAGAAGAACAAAAAAUGAAAAGACCAUAGGCUUGGAGGUUCUUAGACAGUACUUUGCUGGAAGCCUCAAGGAUGCAGCCAAGAGCAUUGGUGUUUGUCCAACUACCUUGAAAAGGAUAUGCAGGCAACACGGGAUAGCAAGAUGGCCUUCGCGGAAAAUCAAGAAGGUUGGGCAUUCGCUGAAGAAACUCCAACUCGUUAUGGACUCUGUUCAAGGUGCGCAGGGCUCUAUCCAACUCGAUUCAUUCUAUACAAGCUUCCCAGAGUUGAGCUCCCCAAAUAUGUCCAGUAAUGUCCCCUCCUUGAAGAGUAAUGAACCGUCGCAGCCUUCGAAUGUUCCAACCGAAAACGGUGUUUCACCAGAGGAAAUAACAGCACCAAGGUCACCAUCAUCUUCUUGCAGCAAGAGCUCUGGUUCAAGCACCAAUUCUGCACACAUUCUGGAGGUUGCUGAGGAUGGUGCAUUGAAGAGCGCCCAUAGUGAGGCAGAACUGCAUACUGGGAAUCAGGAGGAAACAAAAAGUCUUGCAAGAACCCAGAGCCAUAAAACAUUCAAGGAGCCUCCUCUUCCUGAAGAUUUACCUCCAUUACCAGACAGUAGCAACAAGUGCGGAAGAGCUAGAGGCAGCAUCAAAGUGAAAGCCACAUUUGGUGAGGCCAGAGUACGCUUUACAUUACUUCCGAGCUGGGGCUACAGAGAGCUGCAGCAAGAGAUUGCUAGGCGUUUCAAAAUAGAUGACACUUCCUGGUUUGAUCUUAAGUACCUGGAUGAUGAUGAUGAGUGGGUUCUUCUAACAUGUGAAGCAGAUCUCGAGGAAUGCAUCGACAUAUAUAGAUUAUCACAGAGCCAAACAAUUAAAAUAAGUCUGCAAGAGGCUUCUCAAGUCAAGCUGGGAGGUUCGUUUGGUAGCACCGGUCCUUCCUGA